AUGGGGGAGAGACCCGGGGGUUAUGAGAAGCAUGAGUGGCUGCGCAGUCCGUCUGCCGGUCAGGGGAUUCUUUUUUCUGCCCGGGAUGCUGUGGAGGGGGCUAAGGGCGUGGCUGAUAAGGUAGCAGGCGUUGCUGCGAAACGCAUUGCUGUGGCGGGGGCUGUAGCGGGGACUGUAGCGGGGACAGUGGCAGGGACAGUGGCAGGGACAGUGGCAGGGGCUGUAGCGGGGACGGCAGAGCACGUGGCUGGGAAUGUGGCAGGGGCAGCAGGAGUGGUGGCGGGGAAAGUGACUGGGGCGGCAGGCGUGGUAGGAGGCUCGGUGACUGGCGCAGCUGGUAAGGUAGCCGGGGCUGCAGGUACGGUAGCAGGUACGGUUAAGGGUGCUGCAGGUACUGUAGUAGGUACGGUAGCUGGGGCUGCAGGUACGGUAGUAGGUACGGUAGCCGGAGCUGCAGGUACGGUAGCCGGGGCCGCAGGUUCGGUAGCUGGUACGGUGGCAGGUACGGUUGCAAGUUUACCCAGGGGCGCGGUGGGGGUUGUGUCUCGCAGAGUGCGGAAUAUAGGCGCGGGGGGGAAGGCGAUGAGUGCGCGUGUGCGCAGAGGAGCAGAGGCUCGGAUUGAAGCUGCACAGAGCACUGUGAAAUCGGUGAGUGCGCGGGUGCAGCGGGGCGCCGGGGCUAGCUUCGGAGUAGCUCGGAAUGCUGUGGAGGAGAGGCUCGGGAUGGGCCAGCAUGGUUCGGAAGAGAGGCUCGGGAUGAGUCGGCAUGGUUUGGAGGAGAGGCUCGGAAUGAGUCGGCAUGGUUCAGAAGAGAGGCUCGGGAUGGGCCGGCAUGGUUCGGAGGAGAGGCUCGGGAUGAGUCGGCAUGGUUCGGAGGUGAGGCUCGGAAUGAGUCGGCAUGGUUCGGAAGAGAGGCUCGGGAUGGGCCGGCAUGGCUCAGAGGAGACGAUCGGGGUGGGCCGGCAUAGCUCAGAGGAGAGGCUCGGGGUGGAUUGGCAUGGUGUGGGGGGUGGGAGUGCAGUGUUUGAGUCGUUUGAAUUGGUGGGUGAAAAUAUUUCGGAGGGAGGGAGUGAAGCACUAGAGUCGUUUGGAAGGGUUGGUGAAGCUAGUUCGGAGGGUGGGAGUGUGGUGUUAGAAUCGUUUGAAAGGGCAGUUGAAAAUGGUUCGGAGGGUGGGGGUGUGGUUCUAGAAUCGUAUGAAAGGGCGGGUGAAGCUGGUUCGGAGGGUGGGAGUGUGCUGGGGAUGCCACAAACAGAGGCAAAUCUUGGCACCGAGGUGAGUUCUGGUGCAGAGGCGAUUGGAGCGUUUCAAAGCGGUUUGGAGGAGUAUGAUAAUGUGCGGGUGCAGAGAGAAGGCUCAGGGGCGCAUUCAGAUUUGGAGGCGUCUCAGCGGAGUGAGGGUGCAGCGAGUAAUGACUCACCUGAAAGAGAGGUGGAGAGCAAGAGAGGGGGAGUGCAGAGCGGUACGGAGGAGUCUACGAGUGGCAGAGUGCGACGAGAAGGCUCAGGGGCGCAUCCUAAUCUGGAUGCGUCUCAGCGGAGUGAGGGUGCCGUGAGUAAUGACUCGCGUUUAUGCGAGUUGGAGAACACGAGUGGGGGAGUGCAGAACGGUGCAGAGGAGUGUAGCAGUGUGAGAGCGAGGCGAGGAAGCUCAGGGGCGCAUUCGGAUUUGGAGGAGUCUCAGCGGAGUGAGGGUGCAGCGAGUAGUGACCCGCCAGAAAGAGAGGUGGAGAGCAGGAGUGGGGGAGUGCAGAGCGGUGUGGAGGAGUCUAGGAGUGUGGGAGUAUUAAGAGGCGGCUCAGGGGCACAUUCUAAUCUGGAAGCCUCUCAGCGGAGUGAGGGUGCAACUAGUAGAGACUCGCCAGAACGCGAGGUGGAGAGAGAGAGUGGGGGAGUGCAGAGCGGUGCAGAGGCGUGUUCUGAGGCACCAGGGAGUGAAAGAGCAGGAGGAGCGGAAAGGGCAGAGGAAGUGGAGGGAGCAAGAAGAGCAAAGCGGGCGAAAGAAGUGGCGGAAAUGGGGAAAGUGGAGGGUUGGUUUUUUCUGAUUCUGAAGGCAGCAGAAGGAGCGGAAAGAGCAGAGGAAGCGGAGGGAGCAAGAAGGGCAAAGUGGGUGGAAGCGGAAAGAAGGACAGGAAGGGAGGAGGUGAGGAGGGAGAAGUGA